GUUUCGUAAACAGGUGAUUGACAACAACACAAAUACACAAUUGUCACGUGUAAGCUUUCGUGAAUCAUUACAAUUAUUAUAAAUUGAAACAAUUUGUUGUUUACAUUUUAUAAUUUAUUUCAAUAUUUUCAAUACACUGGAAAAACGAAUAUAUUCGAAACAUUCGAAGAUAUCGAAUAUGGAGAAAGAAUUAGAUCCUUCAGAGUUGGGUACUUUGGAAUUUUGGGAGAAGACUUAUGCUUUAGAAAUCGAAAAUUUCAAGGAUCAUGGCGAUUCGGGAGAAGUUUGGUUUGGAAAUGCAAAUGCUUCCAGAGUAGUAAAUUGUAUAAAUUCAAGGCUAGAAAUGAAAAAAGACGAGAAAAUAAUUGAUCUGGGUUGUGGUAAUGGAAUGCUUUUGGUUGAUUUAGCUGAAAAUGGUUUUGAAAAUUUAGUCGGAGUUGAUUAUUCCCAGAAGGCAAUAGAUCUCGCAGAUGCUGUUUUAAAAGACAAUAAAAUAAAUUCUGUGAAACUACAAGUCUGUGACAUUCUCGAUGAGACGAAUUCCUUACCAAAUGAUUUUAAACUUGCUCACGAUAAAGGCACAUAUGAUGCAAUUAGCCUCAAUCCUGAAAACCCGAAGGAAAAUCGAAUAAAGUAUAUUAAAAAUAUUCACAAAAUUCUCUUGCCUGGAGGAUAUUUACUCUUAACUUCCUGCAACUGGACGAAGGACGAAUUGAUCGAACAUUUUAGGGAAAAAUUUAAUUUCCUCUUCGAACUUCCUACAAAGACAUUUUCAUUUGGUGGACAAACUGGAAAUACCGUAACGCAGUUGGUUUUUACAAAACAGUAAAUUACGACAUAAAUAAGAUUUCGAUCGACAUUAAAAAGUCCAGUUUCGACUAUAAUUUCAAAACUAGAAAUUGACUUCUUUUCAAAUAUCAGUUAAACUUGUUAAGUAGUUGAAAUCUAGAAAAACAGUUUAAAGGUAAGAAGAUAACUAAUAGAAAUUAAUUUGUCUAUUUUUAACAAUUAUAAAAUGUGUAGAAUUCUCUCUAAAUUUAUAAAUGAAAGCAUACAAGUGCACUUGUGUGAAUUUCGGAGAAUACAAAUAUUACAAGACAUUCUAUUUUAGAAAGAAAUACGAGUGAAUUUUUUAUUAUUACUUCUAAUAAAGUGUAUAUACUUCUAUUAAAUAUAUUUUAAAUUCACAUUUAA